GGCAAACUACGCUAACUAUUUAACUUUUAAGAAAUAAGGGACAUGAGCGCACAUGCAUUGAAAAAUGAAUGAUUUUACAGAAGAGGACUUGAACAACUAUUUACAGAGCCAGAUUGAUCUUCGACAUCGCCAAGUCUCUAAAACAGUAGAAGAGGUGCAGCAAAUCAUCCAGCAACUCACAGCAGAGGUUAGUGCCAAGGAUGGCAGGUUUCAGUCAAUUUCCCAUUCUGGCUUCUACAAUGACAACAUUAAGGUGCUGACCCCAUCUUUGUUCCUGAUCUCAGUGCCUAUCAGAGGACUAUCAGGGUAUAGGGAAAAGAAAGCCCGUCAGUGGCGCUACUAUACAUUGAGUGGCUCCAAACUGAAUUCUCCAGUUCGUGAACCAGAAAAAUUACUGAGGUGGCUGGAGCUGGAAAAUUUCAGCAACAGUGCCCAGGAGUGGCAUGAUACCAGCGUUGCCAUUGAAGGAGACGUUGUCCCAGCCAAGGUCCUCAGUCUCUUCAAAGAUCUGGUUGAGAAUGCCAUCAAAGUAUGCAACUUGACUGGCAAAGUGAGUGUUUUAGAAAGUGUUGGCUCAGUGGUCCGUGUUGCUGUGGAAACAUCAGAACUGCAAGUUGAGGUGGAGCUCAUACCCACCGUGGAGCUGUUAAACUGCUGGCCAAAAAGAGCACGGUGGCCCCGAUUUUUUAAACGUUGGCCCUCUAAAGAAAAAGCAAGAUGCAUCAAGUCAUUCGGUUAUAAUCUCAUGGCAGCUUCAAACUACCACUGGCUCCUGUCCUUCUCAAGAGCAGAACAAGUCUUGAUGAGUAGCAUUGAUGAUGAUGGAGGAUGCAGAAGAAAGUGCUACAGGAUCACCAGACAGUUAAAAGAGAACGUGUGGUGCCCUGGAGGCAAACCUGUAAUAAAUGCUUAUCAUCUUCAGACUCUUCUCCUGUGGUCUUGUGAAAAAUAUCCAAGGACCAAAGACUGGCGGAAUUUUAAAAAAAGCUUCCUUCGGCUAGUGAAGAAAUUGCUCAAGUGUGUGAGCCAGAGGUACCUGAGGCAUUACUUUGUGAGGGGAUACAACCUGCUGAAAUAUACAAAUACCAGUGAGCUGGACAUUAUGGCUAAAAAGAUUACAGAUUUCCUUGAAAAUCCACAGCUUUACAUUCAUUAAAAAACAUACAGAAUACUUUACAGAAGUUACACCCUUUAAGUCAAAGAUUAACAAUAUGACCUUGUUUUUGUGAAAAAUAAAGCAAUAGUAAAAAAGCAAGCAAGAGUGCCUAAUGCAGCCAUCUUAAAAUGCAUAUUCCAAUUGCUACAACCAAUUUUCAAGUGAGUAUCGUAACAUGGAGCUUUAUAAAGAAACAAAACUACAACAUGUUAACAUUGUUUAGUUCAAACUAACAUGAAAAUAGUAAAAUGUGAACAUAGACAGUGUUAAACAGAAUAAUGUAAGCUGGGGAAAAUGUUUUCUAGAAAAAAGGGAGGAAUUUUAAAAAGGCCAAUUGACAAAAACUUUCAAGCAUAAAUUCUUAAACAUUGCAGUAUGGCUUUUUAUUAAAAUGGUUUAAAGGGCUUGUUAGAGUGCACCAAUUACCCAUUUAUUACAAGCAUGUUAUACCAUGUUAGCCAUUAUGGA